CCGGCGGGGUCUCGCGAGGCUCGGAGGCCGUGGGAGUAGUGGGCGCGUGGCCCCGUGCGCUUUCUUUCCCCCGCCGGGCCCGAAGAGGAAGGAGGCAAGCGAGCGAGCGAGCGAGGAAGGAAGGAAGGAAGGAAGGAAGGAGCAGCUCCGUCGCCGCAGAGAUGCCGGGCGUCACCGUGAAGGACGUCAACCAGCAGGAGUUCGUGCGCGCCCUCGCCGCCUUCCUCAAGAAGUCAGGCAAGCUGAAGGUGCCGGAAUGGGUGGACACGGUCAAGCUGGCCAAGCACAAGGAACUGGCCCCGUAUGAUGAGAACUGGUUCUACACCAGAGCAGCCUCCACGGCGCGCCACUUGUACCUGCGUGGAGGGGCCGGCGUGGGCUCCAUGACCAAGAUCUACGGGGGCCGGCAGCGCAACGGCGUGAUGCCCAGCCACUUCAGCCGGGGCUCCAAGAGCGUGGCCAGGAGAGUCCUGCAGGCCUUGGAAGGGCUCAAGAUGGUGGAGAAGGACCAGGACGGGGGCCGCAAACUGACGCCUCAAGGGCAGAGGGAUCUGGACAGGAUCGCUGGGCAGGUGGCAGCUGCAAACAAGAAACAUUAAAUUGAUGAUUAGUAUGAUAAAAACAAUAAAACCCUUUAUUUGCUGA